AUGUCCAUCCGAUACUUGAUGCUACUGAGCGUGGGCACGGUUAGUGCCAUUAUCCUUGGUUAUUGCAUGUACUUUGAUCGCAAGCGUCGCCUUGACCCGGCUUACAGGCGGAAGGUGCACGAGCGCCGUCAACAGGCGCAGAUUGAUGUAUUGAAAUACCGUCUGACCAGUGGCGACAAUGAGUGGGCGCUCAAUGGAAGCCUAUUGGAUACCAGCGAUCAUACAACUUUGGAGCGUUGCUUCCUUGACGAGAUCAAAGUGGGGGAGCAGCUUAUUAGCCAGGGCAACAUGUCUGAUGGCCUCAGCCAUUUGGCCAGUGCGAUCAUGAUGUGCGCCCAGCCGAUGCCAGUGCUAUACACAUUGAAGGAAUCGCUGCCCGAUCGUAUCUUCAUGCCAUUGAUCAUGAAGCUGUACGAGCUGCAAAGCAAUUAUAGCAAUACCACAUCCAGCUCCAGCAAGGACGACUCAACCAGCUAUCCAGACUUCAGCUAA